AUGAAUGGUCUGAAGAGGCAUCCAUUAGAAGAAAUUUCAAACUUUCCAUUGGAAGCUUUUGAAAAUACCAAAGACCCUUCAUACACUGUCCAACAAACAACUGAAAAGGGUGUCUUGGUUCAAGAAAGCUGUGGUGAAGUUAUUUUGAAGGACAGCUAUGACAGCUUGUUUCGCGAAGUCUCUACAAAAGUUAACAUAAAAAUUUCCAAAAUAGUAGCCAAGUUGCCAAAGGUAGCACAUAUAGUGGUCAGAAGAUGGGCUGCAAGGGACGGUAUAUCCAAAAGAUGCCUUCGUCUCUCUACUGAUACCAAGGAGAAUUCCGCCUGUAUUUCGGCCUAUGACACAAAUAAUGCCCUUUUAUCAUUUCAGGAUUUGGACAUUGAGCUUUUACAGCUCCUGAGUAACCUGAAAUGUGUAUCAAUAAUCCUUCCACCCAUGGUGCUAGCGCAAGUACAAUCUGGAUGCAUCACGUUAGAAACAAAUUUUCAAAUAUGGGCAGACACCCUGCGAAUAACAACAAGACCCAAUGAAUUAAUCAAAGACCUAUAUACGCUGGUAUCCUCUGAAUUCUAUUCAAUCGAUGCUUUACCCAUUGACCAACCUGCAUUGGAUUUAUCAACUGCGUCAACGUUAUAUUCGCGUAUCACAUCUGUUCCUGACAUAAUCACAGAAGAGCUCGAAUUAAACAAACCACAGAUAUCCUUCUUGAUUGGAGAAAACGGAGUUCGAAUAGAGCAUAUCAAACAGACCUCAUACGUUAUAAUUAAAGUGCUACCUAUAAAAAACAAGCUACAUACCCAGGAUAUCAAGAAUCCGGCGUCUGUACAUCAGAACGUUACAAUAACUGGCGAAUUAUACUGCGUAGCAAAGGCAUUGGCCGCAAUCCAUGCCUACAUAGACCUAUACAACAUGAACCUGAAGCACAAGUUUUGA